UCUAGUUAGUUUUUGGUACGCGAAUUGGGUCGAUUAUGUCAUGGCGGGUUAGAUGUUUUCGGCAGUUGAUUUUUAUUGAAUUUGUUUUGAAUUACGCCGUCAAUGAUCUCGUUUCAAACGCUGUCGUUUAAAAAUAAGCUUAUUUGUAUAUUAGUGAUCUUUUUAUAAACUAUUCAAAUGCUGAAACGGUUGCAAAUGGGCCUUCGCGCGUUCAUGCUGCUCGCAUCAAAAGUAUGGAGUUGUUUUUGUUAUAUGUUUAAGAAGCAAUAUCGAGCGUUGGCUCAAUAUCAAUCCGUCAAAUAUGAGAUGUAUCCACUUUCGCCCGUAUCUAGACACAGGCUGAGUCUAGUAAAAAGAAAAAUGCUGGUACUAGAUCUAGAUGAGACGCUGAUCCACUCGCACCACGAUGCGAUGCUAAGGCCGACGGUGAAGCCCGGCACGCCGCCGGAUUUCGUGCUCAAAGUCACCAUAGACAAACAUCCUGUGCGAUUUUUCGUUCAUAAAAGGCCGCACGUUGAUUACUUUUUGGAUAUAGUAUCACAGUGGUACGAGCUGGUGGUGUUCACGGCGUCCAUGGAGAUCUAUGGGGCUGCGGUCGCCGACAAGCUGGAUAACGGCAGGGGAAUACUGCGGCGGCGGUUCUAUAGACAACACUGCACAGCAGAAAACGGUUCCUAUACAAAGAAUUUGUCGUCCAUAUGCGACGACCUCAACAGGGUGUUCAUAUUGGACAACUCGCCCGGCGCGUACCGGGACUUUCCAGAUAACGCGAUACCAAUAAAGUCGUGGUUCUCCGACCCGCUGGACGUAGCGCUGCUGAACCUGCUGCCCGUGCUGGACGCUCUGCGCUUCACGCACGACGUACGCUCCGUGCUCAGCCGCAACCUGCAUCUGCACCGGCUGUGGUAGCCGCCACUAUAC